UAGAAAAUAUUUUGUCAUCACUAAGAAAAAUACCGUGUAAUAUAAAAAUAGUAGUAGUACUGCCUUGCUACAAUUAGGUGUUGAGAUGGAAGAUUUAACUUUUUCUGGAAAUGAUCCCGGGGCAGUUCGAUUCGGAAAUUUCAUUAAUUACUAUUCAUUUCAUAGUACUGACGAAAGAAUAAAAAAUUUAAACCCCAAAAUGUUUCCAUCUGCAAAUGAUUCUACAGUAAUAUGUUUAGAUAUUGGUUGUAAUACUGGAGAGUUAACAAAUUCAUUAAAACAUUAUCUACAAAAACUACAUUCACAUGCGGUCAUAAAGAUUUUGGCUAUUGAUAUUGACGACUGUUUAAUAGAAAGGGCAAAAGAAAGUAAUGGCAAUGAAGAUACCACAUACAUGGCUCUGGAUAUCAUGCAUGAAGCAAGUUCUGACAUCUUAAAAGAGUUUUUGCAAAAUUCUAGCAAAGAAUAUUUUGACUACAUAUUUUGUUUCUCUGUAACUAUGUGGAUCCAUAUUAAUCAUGGAGAUGAUGGCCUUCUACAUUUUCUAGAACUAUUAAAAUCAAUUGCAAAAACUAUAAUAAUUGAACCUCAGCCCUGGAAAUGUUAUAGAAAUGCACAAAGGAGAAUGAAACGAGCUGGAAAUCAGUUCCCGCUAUAUGAAACACUUAAAAUUAGAAGCAAUGUAGACUCGGUUAUAGAAGAAACUCUGUGCAGAAGUCAUAUAAAACUUUGUGAAUCAUCACUGUCAACAUGGAGCAGAAAAGUGCAAAGUUAUAAUCUAAUUAUUAAAACAUAGACAUUUA